AUGUCGAAGAAUCAAAGUCAAGAUCUUGAGGCGGCAAAUACUACUAACUCCAAUCGGGUGUCUUUUCAUGGUGAAGAAGAUGAACAGAUUACCUCUAUCAUAAGUAGAAUUCAAGAAGAACGCGAUGGUAUAAGCGAUGAAGAAGAUGCGGAAGAGUUUAUUAGAAAGUAUGGGGAAAUUGAUUUCAAAUUUAUUAAGAGGCCUAAAGAAGCUGUAUGGUUUAUUAAACCUCAGGCGUUGAACUACUUCAAAGAUGGGAUUCUUUAUCGUACCAGGGGCGAAAGGACAUCAACGAAGACCGAAUUAGUCCUUGAUUUGAUGUACGUUGGUAUCAUCGCAAAUUUAGCAGGAGAUGCUUCUGAGAACGCAGGGGGUGCUGCUCUAUUGAAGUACAUUCUAUUGUUUAUCCCGGCUUGGACAGUUUGGGCCGAUAUAAAAGAUGCUACGAACUUUUACUAUAAUGGAGAUUUAUCUCAGAAAUUGUACAUUAUUUGGAUCUUAUCUCUUUUAACUUUGUUUGCUAACAGCCAUGGUGAAGUGUUAGAACUGAGGGAAGGGGCUGCCUAUACAAUAGUACCGUACAUUUUGUGUAGAAUGUCGUUAGCUAUUGGCUUACUAUUUUAUUCAUUCUACACCCCAGAGCACAGACCACAGCAAAGAUUGUAUGCUUGUUUUAUUACAUUCACCUGUUGCCUUUGGAUUGCUGUCAUUUUCAUCUCUACUAAAGCCAAAAUUGGUUUGUCUAUUGCCAUCAUGGUUUUGGAGCACACGCUAUGCAUAGCUGUCUUCCACCCAUACACAAAGAAACUCUUGAAAUUGAGAAUGUCUACAGCUUUGAAUAUUGAACAUGAAGUGGAAAGAUUUGCAACAUUUGUCACCAUUGCAAUUGGUGAAUUUUUGUACAAGGCUGUUGCGAGUAGUGGGUUGGGUGCUGGAUUUAGUGAUAAAUUUGCAAGGGGAAUAUUCUUAAUUAUUAUUGCGUAUACGUUGUUUUGGAUUCACGGCAAUGGAUCUACUUGUAAAAGUGCAACGCAUGCAUUUAGAAGGAAUGCAAAUAUUGGAGCUUUGUGGGUUUAUAUACAUUUACCAUUAAUAGCAUCUUUAGUUUUGGCAGCAGAUGCAGGUGGUGAUAUCACACUACUGGAUAAUACUAGAUUAGCUAGACCUACUUCACAUUCGGAAAAUAUUGAAUCUGGAGGGUUUGAACAUGCAAGAAGAGCAGAUAGCGACCUGACUGAGGAAGAGCCUAACAUGUAUGCAUUAUCAUUUUUCUUCACUGGAAGUCUCUGCGUUGCAUUGUUUUCUCUUACAGUGCUUGGAUUGCUUGAUAAAUCGAGAGAUCCUAAGGACAUGUUUCUUAUUCCAAGGUUUUGGAGAGUUUUCAUGCGUCUUCCGACUGGAAUAAUCAUAGUUUGCUUGAGCAUUGCAGAACUCAAUUCUACUGUACUCAUGGGUAUUAUCACGGCCUUGUUGAUUCUUUUGCUAGUUUUCGAAAGUUUUACAUCUACACCAAAGAAUUGCUUAAAUUCACCGAAGUGA